AUGGUCGGUCUCAGACAGGACGCCAUCCCAUUCCCGCGACACCAGUCUAGGUCGAACAGGCCGGUGCCUCGGAUCUCAACAUGGCGCACGAAAUUCAAAGUCACCCGUCUGGUCGCGGGCGACACAUUCGCGAACACGUUCCUGGCCCGCUCCCUUCUCCACGCUCUCCUCCUCGCCACCGCGCUGCUCGCCCUCUGCGCCGCGCUCACCUUCGGCCUCGCGAUCGGCGUCACCGCGGUCGGCCGCUGGGUGCUCGAGACCAAGGCGCACCCCGGCAAACUCACCACGCCGCUGGUCCGCGCGACGGCCGUCGGCUCCGCGGUGCUCGCCACCGCGGCGUUCUUCCUCGCCGUCGCCAUCGGAUGGCGCGCGGAGUGGCGGCGGGCUUGUGCGGCGGAGCGGCCUGGGCGCGCUCGGCGCGCGAGGAACCUGAGGUGGCUGCGCUGGGUGCCGUUCUUCGUCGCGGUGGCCGCGUGGUUCGCGGGCGCG